UUCAGUUUUCAGUCUUCAGAGAGGGAGUACGCUUGUCUUUCUCUGCUUAACUUGCGCAUCUGGGCUCCCUCGGCUCCUAUCCUACGCACACCUUCUCUCUGUGCGUCAACAGUGUACAGUGGACACUACAUGUAAGUGAGAGAGAGAGAGUGGGUUCGAGCAGAGCUGCCUUUUUUUUUUUUCUGCCAUUGCAGGAGGCAAAGCUGUAGUUUUCUAGGGUUUGAGUAAAGAUCAAACAUCGCUUUGCACCCAAGCAAAAAAUUAUCGCCAUUUUUUGUUUGAUUAUUUUGCUUGGAAGGAUAGUACUUGAUCAUUGCGUGAAGAGAUGGAGAAAGUUUUUAGUUGCAGAGGUGGAUUAUUGCGUACUGUUUGGGUGGUCGUCUUUCUUCGGCUUUCGAGGAUGCUCAGGGGUUAACAGGGUCACUUUAGGGUUUUCCUUCUAUGGAAUUUCUUUCGCUGUGAAGUGUACGGAGUUUUGUUGGAGAUUGUCGUCUGGUGAUGAUUGGGGUAUUUUCAUGGGGUGAUUUUGGUCACCGGAGCUGCAUUGAGGAGGUUUUUUUCGAUAAGACUAGACUCGUAGUUUUCUGAUUGACGUUUCCACGGUUUUAUGGAGAAAUUUGUGUGGAGGAGGAGAGUUAUUUUGCAGAUAUUAAUGGCAUUAUGAAGGAGUUAUGCUUGAUGGUCCAUGCAUUUUCUCUGGUUGACAGAGCUUGUUAUGAGAAGCUUGAGGCGCUUUCAUGGAUCCUUUUAGGGAUUUGGAGGACGUCUUUUCCAGUUUGGUAGAUCUUCCAAGGGAGCAUUUUUAACGUAUCUUAGGUCUUAUUUGCAGAAGAAUUUGUGAAGAAUAUUUGUUUAGGACUAUAUCUUUCUCCAUUGGUCGGAGAAAUGAACGAUACCUCAGGAAAAACGUGUUCCACUUUGGCCAUUGCAGAGAAGCGGCACCAGAGGCCUGGUGGUUGCGUAGGCAUCUUCUUUCAGCUCUUCGACUGGAACCGGAGACUUGCCAAGAAGAAACUCUUUUCUAAAAAGCUGCUUCCACCAGCCCGAGCAAAACGAGCUUCCAAGAAGUUCGGCGGAGAUGAGAAGUUGCCAAUGGCCAAGCUUCUUCUGAUUGCUGAUGAAAAUCGUGGGGGUUUCCCAAAUGCUAAGAAGUCCAACCAUGAUACCGUUGAUUCUGAAAGGAAUCAUGAUAUGCGACAACCAGGUCUGGUCGCCAGGCUAAUGGGUCUAGAAUCCAUGCCGACCGUCCGUCGAGAUAAACCAAAAAAACCUUCACUUUCUGACUUUUCCCCCAACCAGGAGAAGAAGUAUGUCAAUGAUCAUGGUAGUAGAACUUCUGAGAUCUUUAAUUGUGAUAAUGAUGAUUUGGCUGUGGAUAAGGGUCACAUAAAGCUGGAGGCAAGGCCUCAGAAACUUCAAAAAACAGGAUUGUUUGAGAGACGGCCAGUCACCAGGUUUGGAGCCGAGUCACUGCAAUUCAAGGGAGUUUUGUCACGUUCAAGAAAGAAUCACCAGAAGCUUGUUUCUCCUGUGAAGAGCCCAAGGAUUCUUUCUGGGAAAAACGCAGCUAGGCUGAUGGAAGCUGCUACCAAGAUUUUGGAACCCGGAUUACAAUCUACUAGUAGAGCAAAAUGCGCUCUUACUUAUGCUCCUCAUCUCUACGGUCCUCCAAAGGAUGAGGUCAUGACAGAGGGAAUGACAGUUGUAUCGUUGGAUCAUUCUAAGCAAUCUAAUUACUAUACAAGUGCUACCAAGUCUUUGAAGGGGCAGUCUUCAUGCAAAAAUUGUGGUAAUUUGCUAGAUGUUGUGGAUUUUAGAUCAAGUAUUGAGCAACAUGAACCUUCUUUUGUCUCGUCUACCUUGGAGUUUGGAAAUUCUCCUCCUCAAGGAUCAGGAAUGAGUAAAGCAAGAUCACCUGUAUCCUCUCUUGAGCAGGAGAGAGAGGUAAUUUGUCUGAAAAGUCAGGACCAAGCAGUCACCGCUGCUACUCAUGCCAAGGCCACUAUACGGAUACAGACUGAAAACAUCUUGGACAGAAGACCUCCCUUUCAAGAAGCCCAGGAUCGGCAAUGUGUACCAAGCCAACGGUACAAGUCUCAGAAGGAUGUAGAUGUAGCUGCUAAUGCUUUUGUCAAGCAGCGGACUCAGAGGCAAAAUCAGGUGAUGGCAAUGAAGGAUAGAGUACCACCCAGGCUGAAAUCAAAUAGUCUCCAGAGUAGAAGAUGCAUGUAUGCUAGUGAUGUCGCCAAUAGGACCAAAGACAUUGCUGCUUUGAAUAGGAAUCCAAACUGUCAAUCCCGGUCGAGGAUGCCUUCUAAAGUACCUGAUAACUCUAAAGUUAACAUGGAGGGAAGUGCUUAUGACAGGCAAGAUGGUUCCUCAGCCUCUAUCCGUAAAAGGAGGCCACUGAGUGGUAGUAGCCAAUUUAGAAGUACAGGUUCUGUCAGUUCCACUAUGGUGAAACAAAGGAAUUUUGGUAGCAAUAAUGGAAAAGGAGUGGGGAUUAAUGCUGGCUCCACGAAUAGAAAUCAUAUCAAGAGUGGAUGUCCUGGCAAGGUAGGAGUUGGUACAACUGGUGGCAAAGACAAUGAUAUUGUUUCUUUCAUGUUUAGUUCUCCAAUGAGGCACAACACUGGGUCUUCCUCCCCCACAGGAGUGGAGAAGAGAAGGGGUCAAGGUGAAGUUAUGGGGAGCAGUAUUUCUCAGCAGAAAAAGCAAACAACAGACACAAAUAAUGGAAUUUCCUCUUCUCAAAAGCCGGCACCAUCAAGACUAGAUGCUCUAGGUGUUCUUUUGGAACAAAAAUUGAAAGAACUGACUUGUCAAGAUGGGGAUGAGUUUGGUACAAGGGGUACUGCUUCAGGGAGAACUACUGCUUCCAUUCUCCAAGAACUGAUAUCUGCCCUAACUGCAGACGGACCAAUUUCUCAGGAAUGUGCUGACAGCUCUGUUGGUUUUGAUGAAAGAAAUAGCUCAUACUACAGUAGUCCGCAAUCCUCUGAUCACGCAUCUGCACAUUGUCAGGCAUUCACCACAAAUAGAAAGCUCCAGGCAGCAGAAGUUAGUGGGAUUCAAUUUGGUGUACUGCAUACAAAGGAUGCUGAUCAUCCCAGCCCAGGAUCAGUUCUUGAAGCUUCUUUUUCUAAUGAUAGUUGCUUCUCUAGUAGUCUUGAUGACAGCCCAGGAAAUAACCUGCAUUCUGAGUCCAUGGGUUGCUCAUACGAUCAAUUGCAGCCAUCAGGUGUUGAUGCAGAUCUAUCAGAUUCUGCAACCUCAUUAAACAUGGGGAGGGCUGGAAACCAGAUAGUGACAAAUUCCAUGAACAUUCUUUCUAGGAUAUUUCAUGGCAUUGAUCUUGAGGAUAUUGGUUUAAUUGGAUGUGAGCUAAAUCAUGCCAGGGAGGUUAUCUUGAAUGCUGAGCUGCUGCUGUUUGGAGACACAGCCUUGAGCAUUGUUGAUGGCUUGGCACUGUCAGACUUCCUCAAAGGCCCUCUCCUUGACAAGUUGAAUUCUCUCGCCCAUAAUUGUUGGAUAAAUUCCAACUGCAUUCCAAGUUUGAAGGAAGAGAAAGAGGUUUUCCAUCUAAGGGGUUUCCUUUUUGACUGCGUGAUAGAGUGUUUAGACUUGAAAUUUGGGCGGUACUGUAAAUCAGGAUAUAAGACAUGGGCAAAACUGCCAUUGCAGAAGAGUAGAGAGGUGCUGGUACAAGAAGUCUACGAGGAGAUAAGAAGGUGGUCAGAUCUUGCUGGAAAAAUCCCGGAUGAGAUAAUAGAGUUGGAAAUGAGUCAUUGCCUUGGGAAAUGGACGGACUUUGAGAUUGAAGCAUUCGAGACAGGUAACGAAGUGGAAUUGGACAUACUGGACACUUUGGUCGAUGAAAUUGUCGUGGAGUUGGCAGUAGUGUAGUCGUAGACCUGGUUUCUCUUGGAUCCCGUAGAAAAAACCCUAGUCACUACAUUCAGGGAACCCUUCUGUUGUACCUCCAAUCUCCAUGUGAAUCCAAAACAAGGUAAUUUUUUUUUUCUUUUUUUUGUACAAAUAAUUGAGCUUCAUUGUGGCUGGUCUUUGUUGGCAAAAGUCCAUUGUGCAUUCAAUUUUGUAGAUGAAUAUUGUUUUUUCUGUGCU